CUCUCGAUGGUUUCCCUCAGCCUCCUUCUCUGACCGGUGAUCACAAGCCCAUUUCGGUAUUGUUUUCCGUCGCCGUGUUAAAUUGACAAGCCGCACCUGCAUGGCCGAUAUACAACCAGAGUGGCUGUACAUCACAUGGGCGUAAAGCAGCUUCAUCCAUGUAUCGCAUAAGAUACAUAUAUUCGCGAUGAAGCCCGACUAAAGAACUGCUUUUUCCCAGUCGCAUCGCACACUCAUCUUAGUAUCUCUUUAUACCCCCAAGGAAACGAAUACCUCACCAAGCCUCUUCUCGAUUCCUGAUCAGCAAACAUGGCUGGGUUGAAUUUUGGCUCCAAUUAUGCACUGGCGGAAUUCAUCAUUCGCUUCCUCGUGCUGCCGGUUAUCAUUGGAUGUGGACUAGCUUCAUGUCUGCUUCGCUCCUGGAAGGGCGCUGAUCGCUCCUUGCGGGUCACUUACAACCUUGCCGUUGUGACGUUCCUCAUAUCUGUAGUCUUUUACAUUGCCUACGAAGGACGUGUAGCAGCCGCUCCUUUACGCGCUUCGAGGAAUGGACUCGCCAACUACUUCCGGCCGCUGAUCAUCUUCGAUGUCUUUGUCCUGGCGUUUGAUCUCAUCUCCAAGAUCGCGAUUUUCGGCGCCGUCACUCAGAUCGCGCUUGUGCUCACCUCAUCCUCCGGGCGCCGCUCAUUCUUACACCUUUUCCGAAUCGCGAUUGUGGCGAUCUUGAUCCUCCUUCUCAUUCUCAACAUCGCCUUCUACGGUCGCUACAGUGACCUCGCACUCCAUCCAUCGUCCGCAUAUGGUCUUUUGGACAACUACAACUGGCUACUACGCUCCUUCGGCACUGGAGCUGCUUUCUACGUGAUCUAUCUGCUGGCGAUGAUUGCAGUCACGAUCAUAUCGAUUUUUAGCCGCAGCUCGCCAGCCGUCGCCGCCUCCAUCCAGCUGGUGAUGCUCGCCAUUCUCGCACUCGCCUCUAAUUCGGGAUUCGUGGACUAUUUGACAAACCUCAUCAAAACUGUCAACAAUGGACGUUAUUCGGGUCGGGAUUACAACACUUUCGAGAGUUUCGCCGCUGUCGCCAUCAUCUUGGAGGUCAUCCUGCAGACCGGCGCCCUUGUGGCUUUGUUUUUCGGUGCAGAGUCGCGUCAGAAUGGUCAUCAGACGACUCGUCCCAAGAACGAAGUCACGAAUGCAUAAACGGAGUUGUCCUGAGAUUUGAUGACGGAAGCAGUGGUGUGAAUGAAUGUGAGAAGAGUAACGUUCUGACGAUUAUGUAGUUGCUUGUAUUGUGUUGCGUCUGAAUCUUUGAAUUGCAUACUCAUUGUUCCUUUGAAAGGCGCGCGGCUUACUGCACUGCUGUCUUUGCUGCUUGUUUCCGUGACAUUAUCGGCCACAAAUUGCCUCGCUCAUCCUGCGCCUGCACUCCUCAUUUUAAAGAUCCAUUUUGAGGACAAUUGGCAUGCGAUCAAUGUACGAAGCAUGUGGAGGCCGAUCUUCCCAUAGCUAGCGCAUGCGCUACGGAGAGUCAUUACUCGUCAGAAACGGGACAUAUACGUAAAACCUCGAUGUACACUGCAGAUCUGGGGUUUCUACCGUAUCUGUUGAGCUUUCGGGGCAUUUUGUCCUUGAUUAGGCCCUGUGCCACC